CAUCAACAAAAUGCCAUCCACGGAGUUCUCCUUCAUAUCUCGCAUCUUCUCCAUCUAUAAUCUUCGCCUUUCUACUAUUUUUCUUCUCCCUCCUAUGCAUAUCUAAAUAUUACCACAAUUACACCGCCAAGAAGCGAGGGCCGCCGGAAGCACCCGGUGCAUGGGCCGCCGGAAGCACCCGGUGCAUGGCCCCUAAUCGGACACCUUCCUUAUUUAGGAGGGCCGCGACCUCCCCGCAAAAGCUUGGGUAACAUGGCUGAGAAGUACAGGCCAAUCUUCACAGUCAAGCUGGGCAUGCACGGAGCUCCAACGUUCAUGCAAUUGCAUAUAGUUAUUUGAUUAUGUAAAUUUCCAUUUGUGUGUAAAAUCUUUCGUUGUUUAGUUGAAUUCUAGUCAUUGGACUUUAGUUAAGAAAAAAUAAGUUCAAAGGGGGAAAGCCAAAUUCUCAAUUAGGAUUGAAAAUGUACCCGUGAAUAUAGUAGAAAACGUAUGAGUUUACAAUAUAAAAUCAUACUAAUCACCGGCCUUUUACCUGCCCUUGUGUUUGCUUGCACUUAAAAAAAAAAAAUCCUACUAAUCCACUACAGAAAUGACAUCUUUUAUAGUGAAUAUUAUGAAGAAAUGAUUACACACCAAACCAAACUGCCAUUUGAAAAGAGCAAGGAAUACUAAUGUUGUCCUCAACUUAUCAUACGAUAGAGAUUGAUCAUGAAAGCAAUCGGAAGGGUUUUUUUUUUUUUUUUUUUGCUGCUAUCUUUCUUCUUUCUCCAUAAACUCCUACAUGUUAGGAAAAACCAGUAAAUAAUUAUGUUAAAUGAUCACUAAAAUUAAUGUAGUAACAAAUCAAAACUGUUUAAAUAAAAUAACAUAAUAACAUAUAUAUAUAUAUAAAACAUCAGUAUAAAAAAUAAAUAAAAACAAGGAAGUGUAAGUAGACAAAAGAUAAGUGAAAAAAUCAGCUCCCUUAUAUAACUAGAGUCUUACAUGUUAGUAAUGCCUUAAAGAUAGAAUUUUGCAUAUUUUCAAUGCUUGAAUUUCAAUAGACGGAUAUGAAAAAGUGGGACAAAAAGCAUUGCAUUUGCUUUCAAACUCCAACACCACCUCCCCUUUUUCCUACGAAAAAAAUAUUUAAAAAAAAAAAAAAAAGUUUACCUAAUGUAUUGGCAAAGUCAAACGAUGUACCAAAACUUCCAUAAUUAGUUACCAAAUCCAUUUAUUAGCAAAGGCAGACAGUGGAUCAAAACUUCCAUUAUCCUUUUGUUCGGUCCCUCCAAGAAUAAAUAUUUGUUUCCAUUGCCGCUCUGCUCUGCCCAAGAGAUCUUGUGUAUCUUUGUGCAAAACUUUAAACUCUUGAUGCUUUCACGUUAUAAUUGUAUAACAUCAAAUUAUUAGAAACUUGGUGAUAAUUAAUAGUUAUGGUUUAAUCAUAGAUGAUCAAUAAUGUACCCCUCAAAAAGAUAUUCCAAUAAUACGAAUACGAUCGGGUGCGGGGCACGGCACUAUUUCUUUCUCUUCUCUCUCUCUCCCCCUAGCAUUUUCCAUAUAAAUAACAUACAGUUGUGCAAGGUUACUAUUCCCAUAUCUCUUUUGACUCUGCCAUCAAGAAACUGCCAGCCAUGGAGUUCUCUCUUUCAUAUAUCACAUCUUCUUCUCCAUCUAUCAUCUUUGCUUUUCUACUAUUUCUCUUCUCUCUCCUAUGCAUAUCUAAAUAUUACCAAACUAACAUAGCCAAGAAGAGAGCACCUCCGGAAGCACCCGGCGCAUGGCCCAUAAUCGGACACCUUCCCUAUAUAGGAGGGCCACGGCCUCCCCACAUAAGCUUGGGCAACAUGGCUGACAAGUACGGACCAAUCUUCACAAUCAAGCUAGGCGUGCACCGAGCUCUUGUUGUAAGCAACUGGGAAAUAGCCAAAGAGUUCUUCACCACCAAUGACAAAAACUUUGCCACCCGCCCUAAAUUUUUGGCUGCAGAGAUCAUGGGCUAUGACUAUGCCAUGUUUGGUUUUAGUCCCUACGGCCCUUAUUGGCGGCAGAUGCGCAAGAUAGCAACCGUGGAGCUCCUCUCAAACCAUCGGUUGGAGUUGCUCAAGCGCGUGCGUGAAUAUGAGAUUCAAACUUGUACAAAACAUAUAUAUGAUUUGUGGGAGGAAAACAAAGGUAGGUCAGAGAAAGUGUUGGUGGAGAUGAAUAGGUGGUUUGGAGACGUGACUUUGAACGUCAUGUUCAGGAUGGUUGUGGGGAAACGAUUUCUUGGGGCAAAAACAAAGCAAGAGGAGGAAGAGAACGAGAGGUGUCGAAAGGGGUUGAGGGAUUUUUUCAAAUUGGGGGGUGAGUUUGUGAUCUCGGAUGCACUUCCGUUUCUUAGGUGGCUAGAUUUGGGUGGGUUUGAGAAGGCCAUGAAGAAGACGUCUAAAGAUCUUGACGUUGCCCUUCAAGGAUGGUUGGAAGAGCAUAAGCAAAAAAGAAGUCAUUGUGGGAAUGCAAAGGCUGAGCAUGACUUCAUGGACAUGAUGCUUUCUGUUUUCGAUGAGAUAAAUGCAAAGGACAUUCCAGCUUCUACUAGUACAUCUGCUGAUACAAUCAACAAAGCUACUUGUCUGGCUCUUAUUUUAGGAGGAACAGACACCACAACAGUGACAUUAACAUGGGCUCUUUCUUUACUAUUGAACAACCGUGAAGCCUUAUGGAAGGCUCAACAUGAAUUAGACAUGCAUGUUGGUCGGGAAAGGCAAGUGAAGGAAACAGAUGUACAAAACCUAGUUUAUCUCCAAGCCAUUGUCAAAGAGACCAUGCGACUAUAUCCAGCUGCACCACUUUCUGUUCCACAUGAAUGCAUGGAAGAUUGUACCGUGGCGAGCAAUCAUGUAAAGGCCGGGACGCGCCUUCUAGUCAAUCUUUCCAAGAUUCAGCGAGAUCCAAAUGUUUGGGUCGACCCUGACCAAUUCCAACCAGAAAGAUUUCUUACAACUCACAAGGAUUUUGAUGUUCGAGGCCAGAAUUUUGAGUUCAUGCCAUUUGGAAGUGGUAGGAGAAUAUGCCCCGGAAUUUCUCUGGCUCUUCAAGUUGUACAACUUACGCUGGCUCAUUUGUUACAUGGGUUUGAAAUUGCAACUCCAUCAGGUUCAGAUGAACCAAUUGAUAUGGGUGAAACGCUUGGAAUAACCAACAUGAAGGCCACCCCAGUUGAGGUUCUUCUCACCCCACGCCUUCGUGCUCAUCUUUAUGAAUGUGUCGAUUAGAGAUGAUAGGGGAAAUAUAUUGUAGGUUGGCUUUGUAAUUUACUCAAGAAUAUUGGUUAUUCCUUGCUUCGAUAUUUCUUCAUUA